UGGGUCAGACCCCGGGUGUGUUAGGCCCGCCCCUCGGGCGGCCCCAGAGUCCGCGGGAAGCUUCCUCCAAGCCGGCUGAGCGCCGCGGCACCUGCCGGGGCCGAAGCGGGUCCCCCCCACCCCCCGUCCUCGCGACGGACGGCGUUCACUCCCGGCCCAACUUGCAGCGGUCAGCGGGAAAACCCCGUGUUGAAGGUCUAAAGACCCAGGGCCCGGACUGUCUCUGAUCUGUCAGAUUCCCAGACCCAGGGCCCGGACUGGCUCUGAUCUGUCAGAUUCCCCCACUCUUUUCCCCUCUCCCGGCUUUGACUGAGACUGAUAACACCGACCUGCCUGAAUUAUUGGGAUAGAAAACUGAAAAAAGGACCCUGCCCAGGCGCUCCUGCCCCGCCCGAGCGGACCUGGGGGCUGUCUGGGGGUGGGCGGAACAGACGCAGCUAUCAGCAUCUGUUCAGAACUUCCCAACUCUGACACCUGAAAGGACAUCUGGGCCAGAGCUGGACAGACAGUCACCCCAAGGAGCCCAGCAGGGAGUUGGAGACUAAGGCAAGUAGAAAUGUCUUUCCUCCAGGAUCCGAGCUUCUUCACCAUGGGGAUGUGGUCCAUCGGCGCAGGGGCCCUGGGGGCAGCCGCCUUGGCGCUGCUCCUGGCCAACAUGGACGUGUUUCUGCCCAAGUCCCGGAGUGCGACGCUGGAGUAUCUGGAGGACAUAGACCUGAAAACUCUGGAGAAGGACCCGAGGACUUUCAAAGCAAAGGAGCUCUGGGAAAAGAACGGAGCGGUGAUCAUGGCUGUCCGCAGGCCAGGCUGCUUCCUCUGUCGGGAGGAGGCCGCGGACCUGUCCUCCCUGAAGCCCAAGCUGGACGAGCUGGGAGUCCCCUUGUAUGCAGUGGUGAAGGAGCAGAUCGGCACUGAAGUGAAGGACUUCCAGCCUUACUUCAAAGGAGAAGUCUUCCUGGACGAAAAGAAAAAGUUCUACGGUCCCCAAAAGCGGAAGAUGAUGUUCAUGGGAUUUGUCCGUCUGGGUGUCUGGUACAACUUCUUCCGGGCCUGGAAUGGAGGCUUCUCUGGAAACCUGGAAGGCGAAGGCUUCAUCCUCGGGGGAGUUUAUGUGGUGGGACCGGGAAAGCAGGGCCUUCUUCUUGAGCACCGAGAGAAAGAAUUUGGAGACAAAGUAAACCUAGUCUCUGUUCUGGAAGCCGCUAGGAAGAUCCAUCCACAGACUUCGGCCUCAGACACAAAGUGAUUGUAUGAAGCUGCCCGGCUCAGGGAUAACUAGGGCCACUCACCUGUAUCACGGGAUGUGUCGUGUCUCUGCUCAUGUCCCCAGAGAGCUAGACAGCCACCCAUGCCGUGUUCUCAGUAGAGAUCAUUAAUGUGUUUUAAUAUUGUGCUCCGUUUAGGCCCACUAAGGCAAAAACAGCCCCUGGACAAGAUUGAUAAAAAUCUAAGAAACCAGUGAGGGUCACUUCAGCUGAAUCCUGGAAAAUAUGAAGCUUCCUGUUGCCUGCUGCCCCUCCUGGAGUGCGAGCUCUGUUAUUUACAAUGGUUUUUAUUCUCGUGUCUUCGAAAAUCUAAGAAGAGUUGAUGAUUGACUUAAAGAUUCAGGAUAUAAAGGUUUCAGGCUUGUGUGUUUUCCGUUAAUGACCUGUUCUACACCGUUAAAGUAAUACUCUUGUAAAGGAGUUGAAGUGCUCGGGGUGGCUUGAUAAAAGUAAAUUAUAAAGUGAAAUCUAUGUUUUUCCUUGCCUCCUGUUCUAACCUCAGAGGUUUGUUUUUCUAGAAGAAAUGAUCAUUUCUGGCUCUAAUAAAAUUAUGUAUCAGAAAUUGCCUGUAAUCCAAGUCUUUCUGAUAAAACUAACAAUAAAAAUAUUUACGGUCGUGA